UAUUAUUAUUAUUAUUAUUAUUAUUAUUAUUAUUAUUAUUAUUAUUAUUAUUAUCAUUAUCAUUAUUAUUAUUAUUAUUAUUAUCAUUGAGAUCCAUGAAAGUACAUUUACUUUUACUUCUAUUUCAAUUUACAUUCUUAUUACUAAAUUUGGUUUGCUCAUGGAUAAACUAAUUACAAAAACUACUUGUCAAAUAGAUGUCAGUGUAGCUAAAGAUUCAUACUUUAAUAUGUUGUAUUAAUAUUUGUAACUUUCCUAUGCUGUUAAGAAUACAUUGUCAUUCUUUUGUCUAAAAUUGACAAAUUUGUUUACUUUUACCCCAAUGUACGGUACAUCAAGGGAGGAUAGAAGAAUUAUACAGACCCAAACAGAAACCCCUUGAUGAUUAAACAUGAAUAUAAAGCAGAAAAAAUAAAAGGUGGGGCGACAAAAACAGUGCAUGAUGAGUUGCCUGACAGCCAUAACCUUUCUCCAGGAAUGGUGGGACAUCAGGCACAGCAAGGAUGGGCUGACGGAAGAGGAGUUGUACGUGAGUGGCUCCAGAGUGGUGUGGUCCCGAGGUCAGGCUGGCCGAGUGGGGUCCCGGCAGGUUGUCAAGUGCAUGACCUGCGACUCAGCUGUGAUACACGCCAUGUUUGCCACCUUCUACACCUACCCAGACCAACCGUCCCUGCUGGGAGAACCUGUCCCUCAAGGACCCACAGGCGACUCGCUGCCCAGCAUCUGCAUCGUGGAGAAUGACUGCCUAACCAUCGUCACAGAGGAGGGAGAUGAUUACUCUGUUGCCCUCCCAUUCCCGGUGAGUUGGCCUGAGGGGCAUGAGAUGAUCUUGUCCUUGAGGAAGUAGUUGGAAGUUGUUUGCAGUGAGAUAGGACUUGCUUCUGUUGAGGUUCCUGAAAUAGAACUUUAGUGUCUUCAUGCAGUCAAUAGGCCUAUCCAGUGAUCCAGCAUUUGUGGUUAUCCAGCAUGAAGCUUAUUCCCUGCAAACCAGAUUAGCAGACUUUUACAGAACAGUAUUGGUGUUUGGGGGGUACUAAACAGGCAGCUUAUAUGUCCAUAUUCUCAGACGCUUCCAUCCCUCACAUCAGCUGUUUCCAAAGGCUGAAAAGGAGAUUAAUCGCAUUCUCAUGAGUGUUUUUCCACGUUCAUUGUACAGAGGAAGAGUCAGACUACCACCAGGGUCAUGACACUACCCCAGGAAAGGCCCACAACUCCUGCGAAAGCCUUGUCAAUCGUGCGAGCUUGGGCGCCGAAAUGUUUAGUAAUAUGACCGAGUGUUUUAUGCUGGGUCACUUACUUCAUUGUUUCGUGGGUGUUUGGAGGCUAUUGACCAGGAAGCUAUUAGGGUCCACACUCCUCCUCCCUACCUACUUUGUGUCGUAUAAUAUAAUAAUUUAAGUUGCGUUUUCUGCCAGGUGAGGCAAGUGUGGGAUUCUGCUGGAGCAGUGGUUAAAGCUCUGUGCUGUCACGCUCCGGCGUGGCCACCGGAGGUUCGAGCCCCGACAGGUCAGGAUUUUCCCGCUGAUAAGGAGCAGUUACUGUCCCCCUUGGGCACGGGGAAUGGGGCGUG